AUGAGUGGCCACAUGCCAGCAUUGCAGAAUGUUGAGGAAUGGGGGGAUAGGGAGGAUGAAGAGGAAAUCAUGGCGAUAAUUGAGAGGGAAGAAAGAGAGAAGCAAAAGGAGAUGGACAUGCAGGAAAGAGAAGAUCGCAUUCUCCGAGAGUGCAGAGAAGAAGAGGACUCCUUGGAGGAUGAAGCAGAGCCAGACAUCAGGAGGCAAAUAAUGGAUGAGAGGGAACCAAUCACUAUGGAAGGGAACCGAGGGAUGCUGCUGGGAGAGCCCAUUGUGUCGCCCAGUCGUGCUAUUCUCACUCCGACAGAUGAAAAGCAGCCUGCAAAGAAAAUCGGUCAUGUACCAAGGACUGCACACACUCUAAUUUGUAAUGUACUGUGGACUUUUCUAAAAUACAAGAAUGGCCAUAUUUCGAGAAUCGGUAAUGUACUGCAGACUUUUCUAAAACACAAGAAUGGACAUAUUUCGAGAACUGGUAAUGUACCGCGGACUGUACACGCUACCUACGCAAAUUCUAAAACACAAGAAUGGUCAUAUUUCGAGAAUCGGUCAUGUACCGCGAAACAAAUGUGCUCCCUAUGCCCAUGUCAUGUGCAAAUGGGCAUAGACUUCAUGUACCACGAAACAGACAUGCCCCCUACCAAAGCACAUGGACCAUGCACAAGAGGGACCGCUAGCGAGGCGUCCAUCGCAUUUCGCAGUCCCACCACUGCUGUUCUGUGUACCGCUGUUGCUUUAAACCCUAACUUUGGGUUGCUUCUGAGGUUCUUCUGA